UAACAGUUCAGAGUUUCAUUGUCUCCACGGUUACCAGCUGAUUGUGACAUCACACAAACAGCUCUACAGUAAACCCUGCAAAAGCAAUACUGGUCAUUACCUUGAUCUGUAAGGGAGCUGCAUGUAUGUGCUGCUCUUAUUACAUUUCAAGGUUUUAACAUCUUAGUAGGAAAAUGCCAGUUUACCUGGUAUUCAGCUACCUACAGCACUUUUUAUAUUCCAAAAUGUUAAUAGAUGCUAUUUAUGCAUUUUUUAACAACCUAUACAUCUGCAUCAUUAUACUGCUGGCUAUUUUUACAAUCUUUGGCUUCAGACACUUGGCAAUCCUUAUGGAUAGCCUUGAUAUUCCAAAAAAUGAAAAGAAACAAACCAGCAGAGGAAGACAAUCAAAGACUUGCAAAUUCAGGAUGAAGCGCAUUUCUGAUAGCAAACAUAAACAGCAAGUCGACCAAUUAGAACUGUAUGGAACAGUGAAAGAUUGGAGAGAACUACAUUUUUUUCCAGCAGAAGAUUCAUUUUUUAAAGUAAUAAAGAGACAGUUAUAUUCAGGAAUUGACAUGGCAUAUGAACAAGAAUUGACUAUGAUUUUUGGCUCAAUAAACCUUAGAAUUAAUGUUAAUGAAUUCAGCCAAAACUUGCCAUGCACCUUUAGAAAGGAAGAACUAUGGUCAAGAAUCAUACAAGAGGCUUUUGGGCAGAACAGUGCACAAAUUUUACAGCACUGCUUGCCUUUCCUUAUGGCUAACAGAUUUAAUAGUCAUGCACUUGAAAUAGCAGAUAUUGCUUCUUCAGGUGAGAAAAUUGAAUUUUUGCCUCUCAGCAGAGAAAUGCCGAUCAGAUCAGUUUCUAGCGGACCUUUGGAGGAAAUCUCUUCCAAAGCAAAGCAAAAGAAACACUUCAGAUCUAGUUACCUGAGAUUUAAAAAUACACUUAGCUCCAAAAAUCAGUUUAAGACAAAUUUCACUCCCUCCUGCAUCAAAAAGGAUAUUUUUUAUAAUGCCUUUCUGUAUGCUGAAAUUAGGAGUGCGCAAAAGCAAGAGAAUCGGAUAACACAGGUAACUGCAGAUGGGACAAAUCCUCCAUUUUUGCCUUUCAAUGGGGAACUGCCCAUCAGACCUGUUUCUAGAGGACUUUUGGAGAAAAUACUGGACAAAGAAAUGCAAAAGAAAAAAUGUACAAGUUAUUUGAGGUUUCACAAUAAGCCUUACUUCAAAUAUGGUCUUAACAGAAAUGAGCAUAACAUUUCCUGUUAUGCCUUUCUAUAUGCUAACAUAAAGAGAGCACAGAAAGAAGAUGAAACCUGGUUGGACAGGACAGAUGACUUCAAGAGAAAACGAUCACUUUGUGUGAAAAUGAUAAAAGAUUCUUAUCCUAAGGAUAAGAAUGCAGCUGCAGUAAAAGAUAUGAAAAAUGUACCUACAGAAAACAGUACAAAUAUUUUCAAAGUAAGAGACACUACUUUGUGUAGCAUGGAAACAUAUGCUAACAAUGAUUGCUGCUCAAAUAAGUCUGCACUUAAAAAAAUGAUGAAGUUACUUGAAGAAAACACUACAACAUCGAAGAACAAAAUAGGAUAUGCUAUUCCUAGUGACUUAGCAUGUUCCAAACAGAUCAGGGUUAAAGCUCUGACAUCUACUACAAAGAGAAGUGAAAAGAUACAAGCAGAAAACAGUAUGAACACAGACAAUACAACUGAGGAAACCUGCACUUCUGAACUAAAACCUAAAAUGGACUGUAGUUCAAAUACGUCUACAGUACAAAAUAUGGAAAGGUUCCCAGCAGAAAACUCUACAAAGAAAUUGAAGAAUAAACCUAAAAAGUCUAAAAAAGAUCAUGGGGAAACAACAGUAAAUACUGACAAACCAAUACCAGCAGACAGCAAAUCUGCCAAAAAUUCUAAUGAAUCAAAGAAAAAUGUCAGUGAAGAAAGGAUGUUUCCAGUAAUAAAGGCCAACAGGAACCUUGCAAUUAACAACACCAACACAUUAGUCCAAGUUGCACGGUUUUUUAAAAAAAUCUUUGAUCCAAGCAGGAAAUAAUAUCCCUGAUACUUUUAUUAGAACACUCUUCGCUACACUGAGUGCUCUGACUUAUACAUUGGGGAGACUUUAAUGGCCUAAAAUAGGAGAGCGAACUCCUCAGGACAAGACUCAGCCGUCUAUCUACACCUCAAAGAAAAAAGACACUCUUUGGGGUUUAUUAUGUAAUAAUAUAACUAUGUUAUUUAUAUUGUAAUUAUGUACAGUUGUGUGAUAAUAAAUACCGUAAUUGACUUUUAUAUUUUUGUCCAUUAGUUGUCUUUACCAUUUGGGCUCUUUGUUUUAUGUCGCCCUGACUAGCUGUUCAGGAACACAUGUUACAUAUAAAACUGGAGCUGAGUAUAUUAGUGGUUUCAGACAACACAUAGCUGAAAUAUUACUACUAAAAUUACUAGAAAAAAUUCAUGCACUAAAUCGAUUAUAAUCUAUUAUGGAAUAUAGUCUUUCUUAAUCAUAUUGUGAUCUUUAGUGGUUAAAUAUAAAGUGCACUGUUCUGACUUUAAUUAAUAGUAUUUCCUGUAGUUGUAUAAAAUUCACUGAAUUACCUUGAUUAUUUUUAAUUUGUACCGAUAAAAUGGUUGUAAUAAUGAAAUUGCAAAUGCAUUGCACU